CUAUAGUACUCCGAGUUUACCGAAACAUUUGAACAAUAAGCUCCAGUCAUGCAGUAGUAAACAACCAGCUCUCCGCCAUGUCCCUCUUUUCAUCGUUUGUAUUAUUAUUAUUCCUAGUAUUUUAUAGUGGAAACACGUUUGCAUAUUCACAUUCUUUAGAUCGAAUUCAGGCUAUAAAGUUUUCGUUGUCAAAUCCUAAAGACACGAGCAAUCAAACUCCAAGACUUGUAUGCUCAGGAUCGGCUUGUGAGGACUACCAAGCCAAUUAUGCCAUUUGUCAGCACAAUCAACUGAACAUUUCUCCAUUAGAUUUGAAAUGGUCUUGCUCUUGGCCUCAAAUGUCUGAUUAUGUCCAUGUUGCCGAUUACGGUGUGCAUUGUAAAGUUUACUAUGCUCAUGCGUUAGAACCAAUUGUCCAAAGUUGUUCCUUGAACUAUCGUUUGGAGUACUCAUUUUCUGGGCUGCUACUUCACCAGCCAUGGAAACUCUUUUCUUGGAAACCCUUUUCAGCAGGAUUGAUUCUCUUUUGCGCAGGAGUGUAUUUAAUUAGUGCCUGUAUGCGCAUCCUUGGAUACCUAGGGGCCCCAAGGACUCGUUUUCACGACUCUGCUCGAUGGAACGAACAAAAAUACUUGGAACAAGCAAUUGCUGCUGGAGACGAGAACUAUUAUGGUCGCAAUUUUUUCAAUAAUAGUAUAAAGCAAAGAGUUCCUAUGGCACUUGUAGAAGAACUUGCAUAAUGAUGGAAUCUUUUCGACUAUUUUCUUUUUUGCAUUGCAUUCUUAACUACCGUUACCGUUAAUUUCUUCCUACUUGUCCUGAAAAAAGGCUCAACAACGAUCCUCUCUCCUGUCAUUAUUCACUUACUUGCAUUCUUUAUCUUCCCUUCCGCUAUCCUAUUGCUUUUUGCAUAACUUAUUCACUUACAUACGGUUUCAUCAGCCAACACGGUUUUAUAUGGAAAUUCACCCAUUACCUCUCUACUCCUUAUAUUUUAUUUUGUAGAAGAAGACUCACCCUAGCAUCUGUUUAUUGCAAUCGAAAUUGCUUAAUAAAGGAUCCUUUGGUGGAGCCGUCGAUGAGAAGAGGGCUGAGAGUUCUUCAACUCCAAAGUAUCACAUAUCAAGUAUUCUUCGUCUUCUAUUAAUAAACAAUCAUUCGUUUUUAAUGUCCCAA